AAAAUAAAUCUUCUACAUUCAACAACAAUGGAAAGUGAAAAUAAUAUUGUGCAAUUUGCUCCAGUGCAAUCGUUUGUUAGUCCAACAUUUUGGCAUAAAUUGGCUGAGAUAAAGUUGGAUUUGGAUCGUUUAAGUGAUAAGCCCAGACCUGUUUAUGGUUACUAUACCAAUCGUCAUGCUAAAUCGUGUUUAAUGGAAAUUGAUUAUAGUGCUUUUAAUAGUGAGUUCACCCCGCCGAAAUAUUGCUUCAAAUCGCAUGGCACCAUCUACAACAAAAACACCAUUGAAGAGUUUAAAAUCUGUGAUAAAAACGCGUUAUUGAAAGAAGAAGGCAUUAAACUAUUAAAAUACUUUCAAAAUGAGACUACACUAGAUGAUCCCAGUUUAUUGGCUAGAUUUUGCAUAUUAUCGUUUGCGGAUCUUAAAAAUCACAAUUACUACUAUUGGUUUGCAUUUCCCUGUCCACUGACCACAACAUUGACAUUGGAAAAACCAGGUACAAAACUGGUCGAUUCCCGAGAAACUUUUGAUCUCAUACAAGAGUCAUUGAAAUUAUGCCCAAAUGGCGUAUUGCAAAAUUUAUUUGUAUUGCAAGCUUCAACAACAAAUAAAAAAUUCUUUACUUUAAAGGAAUUCAUAAAUAAUUUUAAAACAAUGGAGAAAUUGCCUUUGGAAGAAAUUUACUUUUGUUUUCCCGACAACAGUGAAUAUGUGCACCCCUCAUGGUUAAUGAGAGUAUAUGCAGCAUUUUUAUAUUACAAGUGUCCUUUCCUGGUGGGUAAUAGUGUUAAAUUCUUGGGUUUACGCUAUGGCAAUCAUAUGAACAUUGGUUUCAGUUUAAUAUGGCAUAUUAAGCAAACCGAAUUAUUGGAUCUUGAAGAUAUGGACAAAAUCAAAUUUGUUGGAUGGGAAUUGAAUAAAAAUCAAAAGCCUCAGCCACGUAUGGUUUCCAUGAGGGACAGCAUGGAUCCUCAAGUAUUAACCGAUAAUUCCAUUAAUUUAAAUUUGAAGCUUAUGAAAUGGCGUUUAUUACCUGAUUUAAAUUUGGAAGUUAUUCAAAACACCAAAUGUUUAUUAUUUGGUGUCGGAACUUUAGGUUGUGCUGUGGCCAGAAUGUUAUUGGGAUGGGGUUUUAAGUAUAUUUCAUUUGUUGACAAUGGCAAAGUUGGAUUGGCCAAUCCCGUACGCCAAUAUCUUUACACAUUUGAGGAUGCUGUUAAGCGAAAUGUCAUGAAGGCUGAUGCUGCUGCCGAAUGUUUAAAGAAAAUAAAUCCAUCCACUGUUUCAGCUGGCCACGUUAUGCAAAUACCAAUGCCUGGGCACACUGUUGGCGACUCUCUGAAAGAGCAAACCGAGAAGGACCUUAAUAAACUACAAGAGUUAGUAAAGGAGCAUGACGUUAUAUUUUUAUUAACAGAUUCCCGGGAAAGUCGUUGGUUGCCUACUCUACUGGGAACAGCACAUGAAAAGAUUGUAAUAAAUUCUGCUUUAGGUUUUGACAGUUACUUAGUACAACGCCAUGGUUCAGCUCGGAAGCCAGACGCUGAUGCUUCAGCUACUCAAAUAGAAGUAGAUAAUCUGAAAUGCAUUCCAGGACAUCAAUUGGGUUGUUAUUUUUGUAAUGAUGUAACGGCACCAGGAAAUUCUCUCAAGGAUCGUACUCUGGAUCAGCAAUGUACUGUUACACGGCCUGGUGUCUCAAAUAUAGCCGCCAGUUAUGCUGUGGAAUUAUUAGUGUCUUUACUACAUCAUCCCCUAAAAGAGUUGGCCCCAGCCUAUUAUGCCUCUAGUGGUAAUUUGAAAUCUUCAUCGUCAGCAACCGAUAAAACACCCGAGGGAAUUAUGGGUAUUUUACCACAUUCCAUUAGGGGUAUGUUGAGUAGCUUUGAAAACAUACUACCAGCAUCAGAAAAAUUUAAGCAAUGUAUUGCCUGUUCAGAGAAUGUCCUAAAUGCUUAUCAUACCCAAGGCAAUGAGUUUCUCUUUAAAGUAUUUGAAUCUGCUAAAUAUUUGGAAGAUUUAACUGGUAUUUCCGAAUAUAAGGAUCUAAAUAAUGAGAUUAUUGAUUUCAACGAUUCUGAUUUAGAACUGUCGGAUGAUUAAAUUCAACAAUUGUAUGAACAGGACCAAACAUAGAAAUUAAACAGCAUUUAUGUAUUAAACAAAUCAUUCUUAUUUAUUAUAUGCAUAUUUUUUAAAUGACUCUCUUUUAGCUUUUUACGUUAAAUGUGGCUUUAAAUGUUUAAAUUAAAAAAAUAAACAGGCUUGUAUUGUAUGUGUGUCAUAUGAAAAAAAAACAGAUU